AUGACGGACGUCGAAAGCCGCGAGACCAAGAGCAACGGAAAGAUCUUCCCAGAUAUGGGGGGAGCCUUUUUCUCAUCAGAUGAGGAUUCUCCAGCUACUGAUGUAGAGAACGACGAUAACUACGAAGAUGGCAAGGAAACGCUUACUGCAGUUGGCGAGGAACGGGACACUGGUGCCAUGGUUACAGGACUGAAGAAAAUACGGAAGAAGACCAAAAGUAGCAGGCAUACCGCCGCAACGGAUUCUUCUAUGAAUCAAAUGGACGCUAAGGAUAAGGCGCUCUUGCACGACAACAAUAGCGAUAUACCAGCAGAUUUCGUUCCAGAUUCUGUUUCAGGGAUGUUCAGAAGCCAUGAUUUUAGUUAUCUGCGGUUAAGGCCGGAUCACGCUUCAAGGCCCCUUUGGAUUUCCCCAAGUGACGGUAGGAUCAUUUUGGAAAGUUUCUCUCCUUUGGCUGAACAAGCUCAAGACUUUUUGGUCACUAUUGCAGAACCCAUAAGUAGGCCCUCCCAUAUUCACGAAUACAAGAUCACAGCAUAUUCCUUGUACGCAGCCGUUUCUGUGGGGUUGGAAACGGACGAUAUCCUUUCCGUCCUGGAUAGGCUGUCCAAAGUACCCGUGGCAGAAUCUAUACUUAACUUCAUCAAGGGGGCCACUAUCUCGUAUGGUAAAGUGAAACUGGUCAUUAAGCAUAAUAGAUAUUUCGUCGAAACCACCCAAGCUGAUAUUUUACAAAUGCUAUUAAACGAUUCCGUUAUUGGGCCCCUAAGAAUAGAUAGUGACCAUCAAGCACAACCAGCGGACGAUAAAGAGCAACAGAUCCAACAACCGGGCGGUAAGCCCGCUGCCAACGUUAAUCCAAAUGAUGUGGAGGCCGUGUUCAGUGCAGUUAUUGGCGGCGACAACGAGCGUGACGAUGACGACGACGACCUUGAUGCAGUUCAUUCUUUUGAAAUUGCCAAUGAGUCCGUGGAAGUCGUUAAGAAAAGAUGCCAAGAGAUUGAUUAUCCCGUUUUGGAAGAAUAUGAUUUCAGAAACGACCAUAGAAAUCCAGAUUUAGAUAUCGAUUUGAAACCCUCUACUCAGAUCAGACCUUACCAAGAAAAGUCACUAAGUAAAAUGUUUGGUAAUGGUCGUGCUCGUUCGGGUAUCAUUGUUUUGCCGUGUGGUGCAGGUAAGACUUUGGUUGGUAUUACUGCAGCGUGCACUAUCAAAAAAUCGGUAAUUGUUUUGUGUACUUCGUCAGUGUCUGUCAUGCAAUGGAGACAGCAAUUUUUGCAAUGGUGUACCUUACAACCCGAAAAUUGUGCAGUUUUCACCUCUGACAAUAAGGAAAUGUUUCAAACUGAAGCCGGUUUGGUUGUAUCCACUUAUUCAAUGGUGGCAAAUACAAGAAACAGAUCACAUGAUUCCCAAAAAGUCAUGGAUUUUUUAACCGGUAGAGAAUGGGGGUUCAUUAUUCUUGACGAGGUCCAUGUCGUGCCAGCCGCAAUGUUCCGUAGAGUCGUUUCCACCAUUGCGGCACAUGCCAAAUUGGGGUUGACUGCGACUUUGGUUAGAGAAGAUGAUAAAAUCGGUGAUUUGAAUUUCUUAAUUGGUCCAAAACUUUACGAAGCAAAUUGGAUGGAACUGUCUCAGAAAGGGCAUAUUGCAAACGUUCAAUGUGCAGAAGUUUGGUGUCCCAUGACAGCAGAGUUUUAUCAAGAAUAUUUAAGAGAAACUGCAAGGAAAAGAAUGCUGUUGUACAUCAUGAAUCCGACCAAGUUUCAAGCAUGUCAAUUCUUAAUUCAAUAUCAUGAAAGAAGGGGCGAUAAGAUUAUUGUCUUUUCCGAUAAUGUUUAUGCUUUACAGGAGUAUGCUCUGAAGAUGGGGAAACCUUUUAUUUAUGGUUCCACGCCACAACAAGAACGUAUGAAUAUUCUACAAAAUUUUCAAUAUAACGACCAGAUCAAUACCAUUUUUUUAUCAAAAGUGGGUGAUACGUCCAUUGAUUUACCGGAGGCUACAUGCUUAAUCCAAAUCUCUUCGCACUAUGGGUCUCGUCGUCAAGAAGCUCAAAGAUUAGGGAGAAUUCUAAGAGCCAAAAGACGUAAUGAUCAAGGGUUCAAUGCAUUCUUUUACUCCUUGGUUUCCAAGGAUACUCAAGAGAUGUAUUAUUCAACGAAGAGACAAGCUUUCCUUGUAGAUCAAGGUUACGCAUUUAAAGUUAUUACACAUUUACAUGGGAUGGAAAACAUUCCAAACCUGGCAUACGCCUCGCCAAGGGAACGUAGAGAACUUUUGCAAGAAGUCUUGUUGAAAAACGAAGAAGCCGCGGGUAUCGAAGCCGGUGAUGAUGCUGACAAUUCUGUUGGGAGAGGCUCAAACGGUCACAAGAGAUUCAAAUCAAAAGCUGUUAGAGGCGAAGGUUCGUUGGCUGGUCUUGCUGGUGGUGAAGAUAUGGCAUACAUGGAAUAUAUCACGAAUAAAAACAAAGAAUUAAAGGAACAUCACCCACUGAUUAGAAAGAUGUACUAUAAGAAUUUAAAAAAAUGA